AUGGAUCUUGGUGCUGUAACCACAGUAAUCAAAAGAGUAGAGGCUAUAGAGCAAAACCUUAUGGAGCCCAAAAUAGUAGAGGCUGUUGGAGGAUUAAUGAUGGUGCCACUGCAUGAAACGAUUGAGUUGCUGUCUUACAAGCUCCAUUUUCUGCAAGUCUUUUUGGUGGAAUGUAAGGCAAAAUUGAAUGACGAGGACACCAUGGCUCGGGGACUGUAUAUGUAUGUGGAAGAUGAAGUUUUUAGAAUAUAUUUAGAGAACGAAAUAAAAGAUAUACCGGGACUAUUCUAUUCGGCAGAUUAUUGGGAAGGGAACGCUGCAAUUAAGUCUUGUGAAGAUAUUCAUCAACGCUUGAAAAGAAUGGUAAGAGAUAUUGAGGUAGUUAAAGAUGGGAUCCUGGACAAAAAAAGAAGAGCUGCUUUAGAGACUGGGGAACAGAACAUCACAAUUUGUGAUACCUACCAAAAUGCUUUAAAGACGGAGAAUGAAGUGAUUGUAGGAAUCGAUAGUGAUAUAGAGAAGAUAGUUAACCAGCUCUGUUAUUCAUACUUCAUGGGAUCGGUGUGCACCAUUUUGAAGAAUAGUAACAUUGAGAGGUUUCAGAAAUAUGUGCUGAAACUACAAGUUAUGCCACUCGUUGGGGAAGGAGGCAUUGGAAAAACUACAUUAGCCAAAAGAGUCUAUGCACAUCCAAUUACCAUUGCUACCUUUCAAAUUCGAGCAUGGGUAGUUGUGUCUGAAGUUCAUAACCUCAAAGAGAUGCUCAUUGGUCUAUUAAGUUGUAUUUCACCAAUCACUAGUGAAAUCUACAACAUAGAUGAGGCUCAGAUAGCUGAGAAAUUAAACACAAGUUUGUUGGGCUGGAAGUAUUUAAUUUUCUUGGAUGAUAUAUGGACCACUGCUGCAUGGGAUGCCAUCCAAGGAUAUCUUCCAGAGAAUUUUAAUGGAAGCCGAAUCUUAGUAACUACUCGAUUCAAAGAGGUGUCCGAAUACUUGAGAAUUAUUUUCAAGGGAAAUGUUUAG